AUGGGAAAGAAGAAUAGUGAGAUUAUGAUAGAGGGAGAUAUGUUCAGCGAAACAAUGAGAGAAGCUCAAAGAGCUUAUAGGUCCACAGAAUGGGACAAGUUCAAGGAAAUCUUUGCUGAUAAUAAGACAGAGUUGCUAGAGAAUUUUGACUUGUUGGGGAACACCGCCAUUAACAUGGCAGCUCGCUCUGAUAAUCCAGAACUGUUGAAGGAGUUGCUGGGAAAGCUAUCUGAAGAAGAAAGGUGGCGCGCCGUGAGGAAGAAGAACCGUCAAGGCAACACCCUUCUCCAUAUAAUCGCCGAGGCUUGCAAGAUGUUGGAGAUGGCGGACAUCGUACUUGAUUUCGAAAAGACCGCUCCUUUGCCGCCGGAGCUGGUAGAGGAGGAGAAGGCGGAGAUGGCAGAGCUAUCAUCAAAGGAGAAGAAGGAGCAAGAGGAGGAGAAGAGAAGGCCAUUGUUGGAGUGGAAAAACUUAAAAGGUGAAACGCCGGUGUUCAAAGCUGCUAAGUUCGGUAACCUCAAGAUGCUAACCCAUUUGGUCAAGCGUGCAGAAGAUCAGCCUCAGACUAACCUGGAAAUCCAUCAAGAAGGCCUCAGAGAGACCAUUCUGCAUGCUAGUUUGAACGCGCAAUCCUUUGAUGUAGCUCUCUGGAUAAUCAUGAAAAUGGAUAAGAAUAAUGAUCUAGCUGGGAAGCAGAAUAAAAAUGAUCUGACUUGCCUUCAGCUUCUUGCCAGAAUGCCUAGUUCUUUUCACAGUCAUUAUGAUCCCCAGGAAUUCUUCGCCAAACUCGUCUAUAGAUUGCUUCCCGAUGAAGGAUACGACAUUGAAGGUUACAACAGCUUUGAUCAGUUGCUUUGGCGAGACUUAGAAACUGGCGAACAACAUGAUGCCAGGCCACCAACCCCAGGUCAUCUUUCAAGGGCCAAUUACGCAGUUUGGAAAUAUCUAGCUAAAGCUAGCAACGGGAUCAUAGAAAUCAUACACUUGUACCUUAAAGAACAUCCGGAGUCUAUAAAUCACUUCAGUGAAGGUGGCCAAAACAUACUGCACAUAGCGGUCAAGCACCGUCAAAGAGAAAUCUUCAAAUGGCUACAGGAUCAACCAGAGCUUCCCUCACUGGCUUCUCGAGUUGCUCAAAGUAAUCGUACGGCAUUGCACCAAGUUGCGAGGAUGGAUUAUUACAGGGGAUCACCCCUACCUGGCGCAGCGUUCCAACUCCAAGAAGAGCUGGAUUGGUAUAAACGAGUGGAAAAGAUUGUUCCACCUCACCUUCACAUGCAUUGUGACAAAGAUGUACUAACAGCAGGAGACCUUCUGGACAUAGAGCACGAUGAGAUGCUUGCAGACGCCCAACAAUGGAUAAAAGAUACCUCUCAGUCUUGCUCCACGGUGGCAGUCCUUGUGGCCACGGUGGUCUUCGCGGCGGCCUACACCAUACCGGGCGGGACCGAGGGUGGCUCCGCGCUGCUCUCCAGAUCUCCGGUGUUCAUAUUCUUCACCAUCAUGGACAUCGUGGCGCUUGCCUUCUCCUUGGCUUCGGUGGUGAUGUUUCUUUCCAUCCUCAAUGCGCCGUUUGAGCUGUGGGAUUUCCACAGGUCCCUGCCACGGAAACUGAGCAUAGGGUUUGCUUUUCUGUUCGUGUCGCUGACCACCACGAUGCUUGCUUUUAGUGCGACCAUUUUGAUCACAAUCAGGUUGCAAUGGAAGAACUGGACUUCGACCUUGGUGUACAGUGCUGCGCUCUUUCCUGUCACCAUAUUUGCCUUGAUUGAAUUCCCACUUUACAAGAAGAUUCCGAUUAUGUUCUCCAAGCUGUUCCCCAACUUACGUAAGAAGAAGAUUUCAAUUGGUCGAUCAAGCAGAAGGGUCUAA